ACAAGGGCACAGAAUUCGUCGUAAAGGGAAUUUGACUUACUUCAAGCACACUAUGAAGUCUUGCUAUGAAGUCCUGGUUCUGUGCUGGUUUGCGUCGUGCUUGAGCUCUUCUACGACAAGCCGAUGCUCAUGAAUAUUCAAAUCAAUAUUCUAUGCAAAUGUAGUUUUAUAUUUACGUUCACCAAGCUUCUUAGCGAAUCUCGUUUUCACCCGGCAUGGCUUUUAUUUACUCAUACAAGCGGACAAGACUCUCAGCAGCAAUCCAAAUUCUACUUGGAUUUUUAUUCACUGUGUUUGGAAUCGCGGACAGAUUUGAGAUAACCAAGCAUCGAAGCAGCUUCCCUGCGUUGUAUUUGCUUGCUGUAUGGAUUGGUUGUAUGAUAAUAAUCGUUGGUAUAAUUGGAGUUGGUGCAAGUCUUUCUGAAAACCACCCAAACAAGUCUUUGGUUGUCGCAUACCUCGUCUCUUCUAUUCUAUCCACACUCUUGGCUAUGUCUCUCACAGCAUGCUAUGGUGCUAGUCUCUACAUCAUCGACAAACAAGAAGGAAACUGCAAAGGUUUAAAGGAUGGAGCAUCUAGUUACAUACAAAGGUCAUAUGGGCAGGUAUCUCAUGAAGCCCAGUGCAAAAUACGAGUCAAGUUAGCAAUUAUUAUGAUAGUUUUUGGUGUGGCUGAGGUGUUAGGUGCCGUCUGGUCUAUCGGUUGUUGUUGCACUAUGUUCACUAAAAAUUCUCGACAUCAAUAUGAACUGCCCGAUGAAACUCGAUUGGAAACUAUUGAUGACACACCACUGGAUGACGAUGAACAAACCACAUCAACAGCCCAAUGUACAGCAGCCUCAUAACAACGAAUCUCAAUAUUUUAGGUGUAUAUAUAUAAUUUGAAAAGAACUUUUCAUAAUAUUUAAUCAAUCUUUUUGAAUAAUGAUAAAAAAGUCGAUUGUGUUUUGAUACGUCAGAAUAUACUAAUGACCUUAAUUUUAAUUGGAGCGCAAUUUUCUCCCGUUCCAUACCUGGCAAAUUAACUCUCUUGUGUAAAAAUACACAAGAAUAAAAUAAAAAAAUAAGUGGAUUUA